GUCUUUUAUUUUAGCGGUGUACUGUCUCUUUAAGAGCUCUCGGCUGCUCUGUUUCGUAUCGAUCAAUCCUCCAUUUUCCAACACAGAGCGGCGGCAGCGCUAACACAGCUCCGGCAACACAGAGCCAGCACUGAGCCUCCCCUCUACCUGGAGAGGAAGCCAGGCACUGGGGCCAGCCAUGGCAGCCAACAUGUACCGUGUUGGAGAUUAUGUUUAUUUUGAGAACUCCUCCAGUAACCCACUGCUCAUCAGGAGGAUAGAGGAGUUAAAUAAGACAGCCAAUGGGAACGUGGAGGCCAAAGUGGUGUGUUUUUACCGACGCAGGGACAUCUCCAGCACACUCAUCGCACUGGCAGACAAACACGCGAGAGAGCUGGAGGAGGAGAUGGAGAAUCCAGAGAUGGCUGAACUCCCAGAAAAACAGAAACACCAGCUCAGACACAGAGAGCUUUUCUUGUCCCGUCAGCUGGAGUCUUUACCUGCCACACACAUCAGGGGGAAGUGCUGCGUGACACUGCUGAAUGAGACAGAGGCCUUGAAGUCCUACCUGGACAGAGAGGAUGCCUUUUUCUACUCACUGGUAUAUGACCCUCAGCAGAAGACUCUGCUGGCUGAUAAAGGGGAGAUCAGAGUCGGGAACAAGUUCCAAGCCGACAUCACCGACCUCCUUAAAGAAGGUGAGGGUGAUAACAGAGACUUGGAGAAACUGGAGGAGAAGAUCUGGGACCCCAACAGCUCACUGACGGAGAAACAGAUCGACCAGUUUCUUGUGGUAGCUCGUUCAGUAGGUACGUUCGCCAGAGCUUUGGACUGCAGUAGCUCUGUCCGGCAGCCCAGUCUCCACAUGAGCGCUGCUGCAGCCUCCAGAGACAUCACCUUGUUUCACGCCAUGGACACACUCCACGCUACGGGCUACGACAUGACCCGAGCCAUCGCUGCGCUGGUUCCUCAGGGUGGACCCGUCCUCUGCAGGGACGAAAUGGAGGAGUGGAGCGCCUCGGAGCUCCCCUGGAAGUCUCUGACCAGUAUUAUUGAGUAUUACUACAUGUGGAAAACCACAGACAGAUAUGUACAGCAGAAACGAUUAAAAGCAGCCGAGGCUGAGAGCAAGUUGAAGCAGGUCUACAUCCCAAACUAUAACAAACCAAACCCGAAUCAGCUGAGCAACAAUGUCAAAGCGGCUCUGGUGAACGGAGCAGCUGCAGCAGCAGCAGCGACAGCAACAGCAGCAGCGACGACAGCUUCAGUCGUACCAGGGCAACCAGGGUCUGUGCAGACCCCUGGUCUGGGCAGAGCCUGUGAGAGCUGCUACACCAGCACCUCCUACCAAUGGUACUCGUGGGGGCCUCCCAAUAUGCAGUGUCGCCUGUGCGCCUCCUGCUGGACUUACUGGAAGAAGUACGGAGGCCUGAAGAUGCCCACGAGACUGGACGGAGAGAGGCCAGGACCAAACCGCAGCAACAUGAGCCCCCAUGGUUUGCCCCUGCGCCACAGCGGUAGCCCCAAGUUUGCGGUCAAGACACGACAGGCUUUUUACCUUCAGACCACCACCGUGACACGGAUGACGCGCCGUCUCUGCCAGGACAUCAUCAGACCACGGUUCCUGGCCAGGCAUCCGUACCUCCCUGUCAACUCAGCAGCCAUCAAGGCAGAGUGUGCUCUGCGGUUGCCAGAUCGGCCAAAAAAGCCUUUGCCACUGAAACCUGUGGAACGUAAACCUCUGGAGUCUGUGGUCAGAUACUUAGAAGCACAUCCCUGUCCAGUGAAGCCGCUCCCUCCGUCUCGUGGAGGUUGCAUCUCCACCAGUAGCCUGACGCCCAUCAAAUCCUCUCCCAUCCUCAACAACGGUUCCCCCACCAUCCUAGGAAAACGCUCCUACGAACAGCACAAUGGACUGGAUGGCUCCAAAUCUAAAACCCUGACUCCUCAGUGGGACAUCAUGGCCAAACGGAUGAGCGAAGCCGGACGACCCUCGGCUUCACUGCAGGACGAGAUCCAUGAGCUGGACUGAGGAGUCUGUGGGACGACCAAGUCCACGUCCAGCGAGCAGAAGAUAAAAAGGAAAAGUUUUUUUUUUCCCACAGAGAGGGGAGAGGAGGCAGCUGAGAAUAGAUGAUGCUAACUACGUUUCAUCAGCUGAAGAAGAAGAAAAAGAAGAAGAAUCAAUGAUAAUCCGUAACUCUGGUCCAGCAGAAGACUGACUGUACAGGACUGUGUUUAGUACUUACAAUUCUCUGUCAUUGUAAUUAUUGUUAUUAUUAUAAUUUUUUUUUUACCAACUAUAACUCAUCAUAUUGUUUGUCGAUCAAACGAUGAAACAAAAAGUUUCAUAUUAAAAAAAAAUAACGCUUGCUUAAACUUUGUGGAGGAGAGUGGAAGGACCGUAACGUUAGCCUCUGCUGCUUCUUCUCUGUUUGUUCAUCUGUCUUUUCUUUAACCAUUUAGAAGGUAAAACAGAAAAAAAAUAUCAACAAGGAGAUGCACUUUCAUUUCAGUGACUUUGUCUCAACUCCUUGUCUUUGCUUUGGUUGAAUUUGAAUUGGAAUGAUUUUCCUCGGGGAGGGGUGGAAUCUUUAGGUUUUGAGAGCCGGGCCUUUGUUGUUUGGCCAGAGAGGUUUAACUUAUUGAGAGAGACUCGCUGGUUUUUUCUACCUUUUUCACACGUUAAUGCAUCUAUGCUUCAAUGAUAAUAUUAAAAAGGACAAUUGAUUUUC